CCACAACCGGCCCGGUGACGUAGACUACACUACCCGUCAUGCCCUGCGCGGUGCGUGAUGACGCCACAGAACAUCAACAACGCACAUGUGGCCUAGAAACGCCGUUGCCGUGCGGUGACUUCCCGGCCCGAAACAGCCCGUUUAAAAGACAGACUGCCCGGCCCAUCGCGCUGCUCAACACCGCAGACACUUCACCAACAUGCCGCCGAAGAAGCCCGUCCCUCCCGGGGGCAAUAAAAAGACCCAGGAGAAGAAGAAGGAGAAGAUUAUUGAGGACAAGACAUUUGGCCUGAAGAACAAGAAGGGCGCCAAGCAGCAGAAGUUCAUCAAGAACGUUACCCAGCAAGUCAAACAAGUGCCACUCGGUGCCAGACAGGCUGAGGGAGACAAGACUAAUAAGAAGACCGACAAGAAGAAGGAGUUGGACGAACUCAACGAGCUGUUUAAACCGGUAGUCGCUGCUCAGAAAGUGGCCAAAGGUGUUGAUCCGAAGUCGGUGCUGUGUGCGUUCUUUAAGCAGGGCCAGUGCACUAAAGGUGACAAGUGCAAGUUCAGCCAUGACUUGACAAUGGAGAGGAAAUGUGAGAAGAGGAGCCUCUACGUGGACGAGAGAGAUGACGAACUGGAGAAAGACACUAUGGACAACUGGGAUGAGAAGAAGCUGGAGGAGGUGGUGAACAAGAAACACGGAGAGGCGGAGAAGAAGAAAGCCAAAACGCAAAUUGUGUGCAAGCACUUCCUGUACGCCAUAGAGAACAACAAGUACGGUUGGUUCUGGUCGUGUCCGUCGAGCGACGUCUGUAUGUACCGCCACGCUCUGCCACCGGGCUUUGUGCUGAAGAAGGACAAGAAGAAGGAGGAGAAGGAGGAGGAGAAGAUUUCGCUGGAGGAACUGAUAGAAAACGAGCGAGCCGCUCUGGGUGCCAACGUGACCCGGAUCACCCUGGAGACUUUCCUGGCUUGGAAGAAGAGGAAAAGGCAGGAGAAGAUCGACAAAGCGCUGGUGGAGAUGGAGAAGAAGAAGGCCGACUUUAAGGCUGGGAAAUCGCUAGUGGUGAGCGGGCGUGAGGUGUUCGAGUUCAGACCGGAUUUGAUCGACGAGGACGACGACGAAGCCACUGACACCCAAUAUAACAGCGAAGACGAAGAAGAAGAUGAUGACAAGAGCGACUCUUCAGAUAUCCAGGACAUAGACCUAUCCCGUUUUGUUCCACAAGAGGUCGACAACACGGGCAUCACCGUAGCAUCCGUGGACCGCUUCACCUCAAGGAUUAAGACUCGGCCGAAAGGAACAGACAACGAGGAGCAGCUGAACGGAGCUUGCGGUGGCGAGGAGGCCAACGGGCUUUCGGGGGCGGAGGGAGGCGGGGAGGACGAAGAAGACAACGACGACGAAGACGAGGAGGAACAGGAGGUGGAGGAUGUACCGGUGGACGAGAACCUGUUCACGGGAGAAGACCUGGAGGAGCUCGACGAGGAACUCAACACACUGGCUCUAGAAGACUGAGAGGGGAGCGCUUGUGGAGAGGGGAGGGUGGAGUUAGGACGGACUAAGGGACAAAGGGAUCGACUGACGGAUGCAUGGAGCUUAACCAACGAAGAGACCAGACGUUUGAAUGAUUUUAAAUUUCAGAGACUCCAGUAAUAAAAGCCUGAUUAUUUCAUGACAUCACUGCCUGUCUCUUGACGCCCUCUGUUUUCUGUAUCGCCCCUCUCACAUCCCAACACCACCUCGGCUUUUUAUUUUGUCCAUUCGGGUGUCCACAUUUCCACACCAUGGUCGACUCCACAUGAAUGUUGCUCGUCAGAAUUUCCAUUAAAAAGAGAAUUUGGC